AUGGAAGAUUGCUCCCACGAAGUACAGUUCAACGGUCUUUGCGCCCUUUGUGGCACUAUUCUUACACAUGACGAGGAAGAAUCGGCUAAUAUCUGCAUGUCUCACGAUAAACUCGGCGUGACGGUGUCUCGAAAGGAAGCGGAACGAUUGGAUGAAGAAAAUAUCGCGCAAUUGACAAAAUCUAAAAAGCUAUCGCUGAUUGUCGACUUGGAUCAAACCGUGGUUCACGCCGCUUGGGAUCCCACCGUGGGGGAAUGGUUAAACGAUGAACAUAAUAUCAAUCACAAGGCCAUGGAGAAUAUCCAUCAAUUUGUACUGCCUGGAAGCAGUCGCGUUUAUUACAUCAAACUAAGACCUGGAUUGUCGGAGUUUCUGGCGGAAAUUUCAAAGUUGUACGAUAUGCACAUCUACACCAUGGGCACCCGUCAUUAUGCCGAGGCCGUCGUUCAAAAGAUCGAUCCUGAAGGCAAAUUCUUUGGCGAACGCAUUAUCUCGCGUAACGAAAACGGAAGUGCCAUUCACAAGAAUCUAGAACGUCUGUUUCCUUGCGAUCAGAGCAUGGUCGUCAUUCUCGACGAUAGAGCCGACGUGUGGAAUUUCUCUCCCAAUCUCAUCAAGAUUAAGCCAUAUGAAUUCUUUGUCGGUAUUGGUGAUAUCAAUUCCCCAUUUGCACCAAAAAAGGAAUUUGAAACGGUGCCGCAGUUAGUGGCUGUGCCUCAAAAGACACCCAUCCUGCCACCCACCAAACCUGCAACCGAGAAGCCGGUCUUAUCAGCAAAAGACAAAGAUUCUGCUACAAUUCUCAAAGAGGAAAUCGAUACUGAAAAGAUGACGAAAAAUAAGACAACGCCACAAGAUACCAAGUUUGCCCAGUCACCGCCGCCGCCAUCUACUGAAGGAGCGGCCCCUGAAACCCUGCCAACGUCGGCGGCCCUGCCGCCAGUGGAUGGUCAAGUAUUAUCGGACGAGCAAGAACAGAAACAACUGGUCGAAGGACAAAAGAUGCAAGAACAAGAAGACAAGAAAGAAGAUACCAAGUCCGAAGAAGAAUCGGAGGAAGAAGAGUCGGUCCAGGGACCAAGCUUGGAAGAACAAGAACGUGUUCAGGAUGCUAUGGCGCAGGAACAGCAAGAGUUACGACCCUUGGCUCAAAAACAGAACGAAUUGUCUUCCAAAACGGAUAAACCCUUGCUUGUAGAUGACGACAAGGAAUUAUAUCGUAUGACAGAGAUCUUAAAAAGAAUCCAUCGGGAUUUCUAUACCACCAAAGACUCGUCCGACAAAAAGAUUGAUGUUGUGGAAAUUAUCCAAAAUAUCAGGAAAAAGGUGCUGAAGGAUGUUAACAUUGUCUUUUCCGGUUUGAUUCCCUUACAGCAGCAUCCUACUCAUUUCUGGAUGUGGCAAUUGGCCGAGAUGUUUGGAGCAAUAUGCUCCUUUGACCUGACCGGCCGGGUCACCCACCUUGUCGCUGCAAAGGAUGGAACCUCCAAAGUGCAUAUGGCACGAAGGGCAUCGAAACCGCCUUACAUUGUGACGUCGGAUUGGUUGAUUGAUUCGACCGUGCAUUGGAAAUUGCAAGAUGAAAGCAAAUACGCGUUACCGAUGAGCGGGCCCAUGCAUGAAACUGAGGGUGAGAUUGAAAAUCCCGAAUCCACUCCCUUAGAUCUUGAAGACGAUACUUUUGAGGACCCAAAACUAAAAUUUGUCAAGGACGUCGACUGGGACGAAGCCGACAAAGAGGUAGAUGAGUGUUUGGACGACGACGAAACGGAUAAAAGCUAUGUAUCGGAAACCGACAUGCAACCUAAUGAUCGCGGCGGCACGGAAGGGGAGGAAGACGAUGGAGACAAUAAAAGCACGAAUGCCGAUACUGAGGAUGAUCAAUGGAAAGAUUUUGAAGAUGAAAUUGCCAACGAAUUGAUGGAUGAACUUGAUGAUCUCGAUAAUCUCGAUAAUUCACAAUCAUACCAAUCCGGCGCCGACGAAGAUUCCGACUUGGAUUUUGAUAAAGAUGAUGCAUCACGUAAGCGGCCGCGGGUUUCUGACGACGAAAGUGGGAUGGAUCAAGACGAUCUGGACAUCUCGGAAGAUCAACGACCUUCCAAAUCAAGUCGUGUAUAA